AUGGACCUCUCCAUCGUCGGCACCACCACUAUGGAUCAGGACAACCACAUGGCUCAGGACGAAGAUAGCCACAUGUCCCAAAACCACACAUCUUUCAGCAAUGAGGGUUGGGCUGACAUGAACUCAUACAAUCACCAAACUACCAUGUCGGACUACGGCGCCUUCGCUUUCAUGCCGACUGUUCCCCAUGGUUUGCCAUCCGAGUCGAUCGGCAGAAUGGCUCCUCCUCCAGCUCCAGCCCAGCCAAUACAGCCCCAACAUCAACAAUCUCAUUCACAACUACCAAUGCUCAUGAUACCAUCUCAGCCGACAUGGCCUAGCAUGUUAACAAAUCCCAACAGCUACUCGGCACCACCUUUGGGUAUGGCACCAGUGGUUGCCCCUGCACCGUCCAGGGCGACGAGACUUGCCAACGGCCCACAGCCACAGCAGAGAAGGGUUUUGACCGAUGAUGACAGGAAGAAAAUGUGUCAAUACGCUGCUGAGCAUCCUAAUGUGAAGCAAACCGACAUUGGUGCCAUGUUUGGAGUUGAACGAAGUACCGUCUCCAAGGUCCUCCGGAACAAGGAGAAAUAUCUGAAUCCAGAGGCGGAUAGAAGCCAGUCUCCCGCCGGCAGGCGUCACGCUAAAGGAAAGUUUCCUGACAUUGACCGCGGUGUUACCGCAUGGUACAGAAAACAAGUCCAAGCCGGUGUGAGCCCAAGUGAUGAAGAGAUACUCGAACAGGCUAGGCACUUCUCCAGGACUACCAACGGUGGCAGUGAAGCCAGUCAAACAAAAUCAAUCAACGCCACGUGGUUGGAAAGAUUCAAGCAGAGAAACAUCCUGGUUGGGGGGAAACUUUCACGUAGGGCAUCGGAGACAAACAUCACAAAUCAUGCGAAGCUUUCAGGUUCUCCUUCUUUAGCAUCCGGCAUCUCUCCGGCAUCUCCAACAGGUCAGCAGUCUCCUUUAUCUGCGGAUAGAAGCGAUGAGGACGCUGUCCAUGGGCUGGGUUUCGUGAGCUACGGAGACGGCUCAGCCUACAAACACUCCAACUCCCAGAGCACAACUUCCCUUAACAGCGCAUUGACUGAUGCAGGGAACUCAUCCUUCUCCGGAAGCGCCUUGAGUCCUACUGGAACGUUUACCUUUUCUCCUGAUCCUAACGCUGGAGCGUUUCUUCCUCCCGACACUUCCCGUCAGAUGCAUGGAGGAGCAGCUACAAACUUCCAAAGGCCCAGAAGUCAGACGUUCCCAACUCUUGAUGUGGAGUCCAUGUAUCAGGCCGUCACAACAGAACCCAUGACCCCCAAAUAUCAUCCUGCGGCGACGGCACCGUCUUCUGCACUGGAAUCGCCGAUUUACGAAAUGACCGCACCGCACUUCGCUUUGGAUACUGCCCUGGCAUCCUCUCCACACCUGCACCACAGUAGCAGCAACAGCAGUAUUGCUGGUCGAUCAGCAACGACGCCAGCGGGCUCCUCACCGACGUCCCCUACUCAGGAGGAUGCUCGGAAGGCGGCGGACACGUUGCUCAGUUUUAUCCAGAGCACGGCUGCGAGUGGCCUUGUAGACCAGAAAGAUUAUCAAGUAAUGCUCAAGUUAACCGAGAAGCUUCGUGUGCAUCAACAGCAAAUUACCAAAUCCGUGGGCGGCUUGGAUAGAAUACCUGAAGGCGAUACGGAGACGUUGCCGCAUCACCCGCUUCAACUGUCUUUUGAAUCCAAGUCUGAGGCAGUUUUGACCCAAUGA